AUUUGCUCCACUGCUGCUGCAAUUCCCAAGGGGAACAGCGCGCCUGCGCAGUAGCUCCCCUUGCUUAAUUAAUUUUUAAUGGUAAUGGCUGCCUUUCUCAUCUAACCGCUCUGCAACAGCUAAAUACAAUCCACGAAAAGGGCAAUAUUUCAGAUAUAUUUCAGCAACGGGAAUUUAAAAAAUAUCGACAUGCCUGUCGACCGGUCGUCACGCACGGACACAGAAUGAGCAUGUUUGCGAUUUAAACAAUGGAAGAUCUUUCGUUUUUGUAUUUAACCCUUUGCAUUCCAUGAUCAGCAAACAAACAAGAGAAUGAUGCGCCAGGUUGCCAGCAACACCAGCGAUUAUUGCAUGACCAGCAGAGCGUCCUGCCUGGCAGAGGAGGGCCGACACCCGGGCAGUCAGUUCGAUCUCUGCACCUCGCAGUCCAGCAAGUUCUACCCCCCUCCACCCCCUCCUCUGCCCCUGCCCCUGGCCCUGGCCCCCCCGCCGCACAGCACCCACAAAGCCAUGCCCUGUCCACGGCAGGAAACAAACUCCCAGACAGGAGGGGGGAAAAACACAGAGAAGCCAGAGGACUCGAAGAAAAAGAAAGGCCUCGGAAGAUCGGGCAGGAGAGGCAGACCUUCUGGGACCACCAAACUGGCUGGCUACAGAACCAGCACCGGCCGACCCCUGGGCACCACAAAGGCAGCCGGGUUCAAGACCAGCCCUGGGAGGCCCCUGGGCACCACUAAGGCAGCCGGGUACAAGGUUAGCCCAGGCAGACCGCCAGGCAGCAUCAAGACUCUGUCGCGUCUCUCCAAACUGGGGUACGCAUCCUGCAGCUCUGCAGCCUUCCCCUAUUCAAUGAUGCACAAGAGAGCUUUAUGUGACCCCGCUGGCAAAGAGAAACAGCCCAACGAGUGUCAACAUGCAGCCCCACAGUUCAGUAGCGGAUCAUAGCGGAACUUCACCUUAGCUUCUGUGUCAACAAAAGCCUUUAACUAAAAUGAAAUGCUGAGACUACAGACCUAACCACGUCCAGUAUCCACGCUGGUCAUCCUAGACACCACAUGGUCCAUGGCCGCUUGUUUCAUUGUUCUUAUCAGAAUUUUCUGUAAGGGUGGGGAGGAAAGCCUGUCAGUAUUUCUUUUAUUUGUUUGUCCUGUGGCAUAGAAGUAGUGUGAGAAACAUGGUGUCCUUCCCACCUUUGCAUUGUGACACUGUAUCCAGCACCUGGGACAUGUACAUCUUGGUCUCAUCACAUUUACUUUGUCUUUUAAACUCCCUGUAGCUUUUCAGUCUUAUGUCAGUGUUGGCUUAUCAAUUCCUAAUGCUGGAUACAAACAGGAAGAGUGACCGCUACGUAGAAAGAAACAAAUCCACAAAGAAACCUUCUGAUCAACCACGUGUUUCAAGGAGAAGCACUUUUUAAACAAAUCCACAAAAAAACCCUCUGAUUAUCCAUGUGUUUCAAGGAGAAGCCUGUUUCUGCAGUUUUGUUUGGCCCAGAACCAAAGAAUCUGCUUGAACUGAGUGGCCCUCACCCAGGAAUAUCAGGCCGUUACUGUUGCAAGUAAGCUGUACAGAGAUGAAGUGUGUGGAAGUGAAGCGUGAGGGCAUCUCAGACCUGGCUCCUCAGUGCACUUCAAUGACAGCUCCAGGAAGCAGCAGCUCUGUAACCCUGUGACAGAGCACUCGCACCGGACUGUCCUUUUCUACACUCGGACGACACAGCUGCGGCGCCAACGAUGCUCUACUCUCCUCAUUUGCCGGUUUGGUUUUUGACGUGUCACUUUUUUAAAUGGAAAAACACACUUUACUGAAUCAGAACUAAAAAAUAUUAGGCUUAAAAAAGAGAAAAGAAUUUGCUGCAGCUGUUAAUGAGUGAACAUCAUGUAACAACGGCUGCCUCUUUUACAUUGUAUGUUGCACAUCUGUAUUCUGCAUCUUUGUAGUGCUUACAGUAUAUGUAGCAAUUGAUCAUAUUUGAUAUAACUACAGUAUGUAUAUAUAUAUAUAUAUAUAUAUAUAUAUAUAUAUAUAUAUAUAUAUGAUUUGUUUUGUAAACUUUAUAUCAGCACCUGCCUUUACAGACGUAAACCGUAAAGAAGGGUUCUAUUAUUGAGCUACACAUUGCAUAGAGAACACUGUGUGCAAUAUUCAUUUCAUGCAUCAAGUCCACCUUCUUGCAUAGUUUUCCUGCAGCCUUGAAAAGAACCCUUUGAGUUUUUAGUUUUUCUUUUUAUAUUGAGUGUAAGGCCCCUUUUAUAUGUUAUGUAAAAUCAUUUUUGUUAAGUCUAUAUCAUUGAAAAUAUGUGUAAUGAUGUAUGCUUAUUAGAGCAAUGUAUGUUAGAAAUAUAAAGU